AUGGCCACUGCAGAUCAGCUACCUGUCUUAUAUCUUGCCCAAGCUCGUGCUUGUCGCAGCGUGCAGGACUGCAUGAGCAUCUACGACAACUGGGCUGCGACUUACAACAACGAAUUGAGCGACAAAGACCAAGAAUACGUUGCUCCUACCAUCGUUGCUCAACUCGUUCUCCAUAGAACAAAUGACUUGAGCCGUCAUGUCAUCUUGGAUGCCGGAUGUGGAACUGGCCUAGUCGGCCAAGCUCUUGCCCUCGUCGGCGCAAGAACCAUUGACGGACUUGACCUGUCACCUGCUAUGCUCAAUGUCGCAAAGCAAACUGGUGUUUACCGUACAUUAUCCCAGGCCGACAUGACCCAGAAAGUCCCGCAGGGUGAUGGAAUAUACGACAUUGUUACUUGCGUCGGCACCUUCACGAACGGCCACGUUGGCCCCGAUCCUGCCCUAAGAGAACUCGUCCGGCUUACCAAGACGAAUGGGACCAUCAUUGCCACGAUUCUGGAGGAGUUCUGGGAGAGUGCCAAGUUUAGUGUCGAAAUUGAGAAAUUGGUCGCUGAGAAAUUGGUUACGGUUAUUGUCAAGGAGCUUAUCGACUAUGUCAAAGGCCACGGUGAGGCAGUGGUGGUGGUUCUUCAAAAGGUGAUCUAG